GCCGGAACGAAAUUGGCACAACAACAACAACAACAAUCUCCCCCGAAAUAACAUCGCGACCAUGCGUCCUUCGUUGCGAUUGUUGAACCUGGAGGCCCCCUCCCUCCAGGGUUCCAGGGCUCUCUACGUCUGCUCGGUCUGCAGACAAGAAGCACGUCCUCGGCCAUUCGUCGCUCGCCAGUUUCUACGCAAUGCUUCCUCGUCGUCCUCGUCCUCCUCCAAUGCAGCAACCCCGAUUACGGAACGCGUGCGCCGCAAGAUCUGGGGAACUGAUAACCCGCCCGGCCUGAAGGAUCCGUAUGGCGGCGAGGGUGUCUUUGAGCGGAAGUUCAAGAAGGGCCAGGCGGCGGCUCGUCAGGGAGAGCAGGAGGGAGAUGCGGCGGCGGCGGACGCGGACGCGGGUGCCGUGGAAGCGACCCAGAGUGAGGCUGAGGCUGUGGAUGGUUCGUAUGAGCCAGCGACAACUUGGGCGGAACUUCAGCGUGUGGGACAUUUGGGGAGAUGGAGUGAUCUUCCCGCGGUUGAAGCGGAUGAGUAUAAUUCAUUCUCUAUGAACCGGAGAUUCACUAAACCGGCACAUCUGUCCCUCGCUGCUCAUCAAGCAGCCGUUGAGCUUUGCCUACUCCACGCACUGAACAAACCGCUCACCAGUAUUUGCGACGUCGUCGAACACGAGAAGCCCGUUUUCAAGCUGCUUUGGAACUGCAAGAUCCAGCCGAACUCGAAAGGCGAGUGGGAUUCCGCCUUGGUAUACCCGGACAAGGAGACCGAAGAGGCUCUUGCGUAUAUCUUUGAGCAGAUUGGAACUCCGCAGGAGGCCGUGGCUCCCGAGGUGGAGGCUGCUGCCGAACAGACCGAGGAGAUGGAUGUCGAGGAAAUUGAAGCUGAAGCUGAAGCUGAAGAAUCUCACCCCCAGCAGAAGACGUCACCUUUCUUCGGGUACGCCGAUGUCAAGGAGAAGGGCUACCUUGCUCUUUCGCUCGAGGACCCGGUGACCAAGUUCGCUUUCCUGAAGAGAUUCUCUCAACUGAGCGGCCACUUCUUCCCCGACCCUGUCAUCCCAACCAUUACCUCCGUCAAGCAGGUCCUAGACCAAGUCAAGCUUUCUCUGAGCCCCAAGCCUAAGAAAAUCGCCGAGGUUCUAGCCGCCGACGAGACCCUGCAGAGCCUGCCCAAUGUGAAGAUCUUCGUGAAGAGGCAGAAGCCCUCCAACAAGGACGAAGAGCUCGGCCGGAAGAAGCUUAUUGACGCUGAGCUCCUGAACCCUCUCGUCAUAAAGUCUGUAUUUUUAUAUUUCCCAUCCUUGGACUCCUUGGUAAACAGACUACUCAAAUUGUCGUUCCCCCCCAUCAGUUUUCGGCGCUUCUUCUUUUCGUUCUCCUCUUCUAGCACUCGCGCAGUGAGCAGAGCUGUUGCCGCAUUCUUGAUUCCACUUGGCGCAGACGGGGUCGGAGUAGACGUGUUGCUUCGGCGGCUAUUUGCUGUGGAUUGUUCCUUGUGGGAGGAGGAAGAGGAGGUGUCUCCGUUGAGAGCUUUCGUCUCGGAAGAUGCAGCAGCAUCGCUGGUACCGUUCUUCUUGCGCUUCUUGGACCCGGGUGUCUUCUUUAGCGAAUGGGCGAGACCCUGCUCGGCGAGUCGUUGGAUCCGGGUAACUAAUCUUUCCUUGUCGGUUUCCUUUAUAGGGAGGAUGGGAAUGACGUUGUCUUCCCUCAACCACGUCCCUAAGACCCUUGACGCGACCAGCAAGAAUCUCUUCGCAAUCGGCCUUGGAGCUGAUCCCCUCGACCUCGUCGCCGGGGAGAAGGAAUUUCAGAACCGCAUCCUUGUUGUACAAGUUCCCGGCGCAGUCGGAGACAAUCGGGCGCAUCAACGGGUUGUGAGAGAAGGAGCGAUGAUGACUCAGCGCAUAGUUCCCCAGAUUAGCUCCGAUCCCGAUUCCAGGUUUAUCAACAGCUGGCCAGAAGUUCCUUCAUUUAUUAUUGUUUGCUUAGCAGCAUGCUCGUCCCUGGUGGCCGCUGGCGAUGACGGCUCCGCUCGACCCCGCGGAGUUGGACCAGAAUUUGCGAAUUUCUACAAGGACACCACGACAUUCACUUGCAUUUCCCAUCCGUCAGUCAAGAUUCCCUAUUCCGCUGUGAACGACGAUUUCUGCGAUUGUCCCGAUGGAAGUGACGAGCCUGGUACAGCCGCCUGUGCUCAUUUGUCUGGUAACUCUCCGCUGUCUGUCGCAGACCGUCCGGGCCACGGUGAUCAGGAGCUCAAGGCGGCACUGCCCGGUUUCUACUGUAAGAACAAGGGACACAAGCCGUCAUAUAUUCCAUUCCAACGGGUCAACGACGGUAUUUGCGACUAUGAGCUCUGCUGUGAUGGAAGUGAUGAGUGGGCUCGUGUUGGAGGCACAAAAUGCGAGGACAAAUGCAAGGAAAUCGGGAAAGAGUGGCGCAAAAGGGAGGAGAAGCGGCACAAGGCAAUGACGGCCGCGCUGAAGAAGAAGAGAGACCUCCUUGUUGAUGCAGGGAGACAGCAGAAGGAGGUCGAAGACCACAUCCUCAGACUCGAAGCUGAGAUCGAGGGCGAGGAGAUCAAGGUGAAGAACCUAGAGGCUGACCUGGAGGCCAUCAAGAAGCGGGAGGAGAGCAAGGUCGUCAAGGGUAAGAAAGCAGGCAAGGUCAACGUGCUUGCUGCACUGGCCAAGGGCCGGGUUGAGGAACUCCGAAACGCCCUGGUGGAGGUGCGCAAGGAAAGGGAUGAGAUCAAAUCCCGUGUGCAGGAGCUUGAGGAUAUUUUGUCCAAGUUCAAGAUCGAAUACAAUCCCAACUUCAACGAUGAAGGAGUCAAGCGCGCCGUUCGCAGCUGGGAGGACUAUGCCGCCAAAGGAACUGUCGACACCAUCGUGAACAGUGCGCGCGAUGGUGAUUGGGCUACUAUUUCCAAGCCGGACGAUGAAGAGUCCGGCAUUAACUGGGAGCAGUGGGAGAACGAGGUUGAAUCAGCUGAACCUGAUACCAUCUACAGGCUGGCGGCAUACCUGCCCCCAUCUCUUGUCACUUUCAUCGAAGGCAAAGUGAACGCUGUCGUGAGCUUCCUUGAGACCACUGGCUACCUGCCUCGCAAGGAGGAACCCUCGACCUCGGAAUCCAAGGCGGUAGCGGAGGCUCGGGAGGCUGUUCAAGCCGCCGAAAAGAGCCUGGAAGAUUUAAAAUCUCAGCUGAAGGACCACAAGGCAGACAUCGACACCGACUACGGCGUGGCUUCUAUCUUCCGUGCUCUCAAGAAUGUCUGCAUCUCAAAGGAUGCCGGCGAGUACACCUACGAACAUUGCUUCCUUGACCAGACCAAGCAGAUUCCCAAGAAGGGCGGUUCCUCUGUGCGGAUGGGCAGCUUUGCCGGCCUCGGAUCGGUUGAGGUCGAUGAACUCAACGAGGCCGGGGAAAUCGUUCCAGUCCAGAAAAUCUCCCUGAAGUAUACCAGAGGCCAGGGCUGUUGGAACGGACCCGCACGGUCGACAACUGUUGUCCUAGAAUGUGGCGAGGAAAAUGAGAUUCUGAAGAUCGCGGAGGACGAGAAAUGUGUGUAUUCGAUGCUUGUUACCACGCCGGCCGUGUGCGCUGGUGGAGAGGAGCCAGGAAAUGUGGCUCCAAGACGCAAGGACGAGCUGUAAACGGACUAGAUCUCUCCUUCGCUUGCUGCAUUGUAUACAGUUAUCUAGAGUAUCGAGUAUUAUCUCAUUAUAUUUUUAUUUACUUGUCCGUAGUCGUACGUGGAGAGAGAGAGAGAGAGAGAGAGAGCCCUACUUAGAUCUGAUCCAUCC